AUGACAGCUCAACUAGAGAGGACAGCUCAACAUGAUAGGACAGCUCAACUUGAGAGGACAGCUCAACUUGAGAGGACAGCUCAACUAGAGAGGACAGCUCAACUUGAGAGGUCAGCUCAACUUGAGAGGACAGCUCAACUUGAGAGGACAGCUCAAAUUGAGAGGACAGCCCAACCUGAGAGGACAGCACAACGUGAGAGGACAGCUCAACUUGAGUGGGCAGCUCAACUUGAGAGGACAGCUCAACUUGAGAGGACAGCCCAACUUGAGAGGACAGCACUACUUGAGAGGAAAGCACAACAUGUGAAGACAGCAAAGCUUGCGAAGGCAGCACGGCUGGCGAGGAAAGCACGGCUUGCGAGGACAGCAAGGCUUGCGAUGACAGCACAGCUUGCGAGGACAGUACAGCUUGCGAGGACAGCGCAGCUUGCGAGGACAGCACAGCUUGCGAGGACAGCACAGCUAACGAGGACAGCACAGCUUGCGAGGACAGCACAGCUUGCGAGGACAGCACAGCUUGCGAGGACAGCACAGCUUGCGAGGACGGCACAGCUUGCGAGGACGGCACAGCUUACAAAGACGGCACAGCUUGCGAGCACAGCACAGCUUGCGAGGACAGCACAGCUUGCGAGGACAACACAGGUUGCGGGGACAGCACAGCUUGCGUGGACAGCACAGGUUGCGAGGACAGCACAGCUUGCGAGGACAGCACAGCUUGCGAGGACAGCACAGCUUGCGAGGACAGCAUAG